CUACAGUUUACUGACUAUUUUGAGUUACAUAAAGGAUUUCAUGUCAAUAUUAUAGGAGCUCCGUGGCACUACCUCAUUGCAUCGUUGGUGUGUAUAAAUAUAUUUAUGUACAAUGACCGGGACAAGUGCCAUUGCCUUGGUACAGGGGGCCAGCCGCGGAAUUGGACAUCAAUUCUGUAAAACCUUGCUGAUGCGCAACUCGGCAGCAACGGUAGUAGCAACAUGUCGAGAUCCCAACUCCUCUACCGAGCUCAGUCGCCUGAGGGACAGCAAUCCGGACAGACUCCAUGUCUGCAAGCUGGAUGUAACAAAAGAAAAUGAUAUAUCGGACGUAUCUAAGUAUGUAACUGAAAAGUUUGGUAAACUGGACCUGCUGGUCAACUGUGCCGGAAUGUUACACCCCAGUGGAAAAGGGGAGACAAGUCUGAAAAGUGUAGAUGGGCAGGAUUUGCUACAUACAAUACACACAAACACAGUGGGUCCUUUACUGAUGGCCAAGAUGUUCACCCCACUAUUACUGAAUGGAAACGGACAGUUUGGUAUCCGGUCCACUGAUCCCAAGUCUGUCCACUGUGGAGUCCUCGCCAACAUUUCAGCGAAAGUCGGAUCCAUCACAGACAAUGGUCUUGGAGGCUGGUACAGUUACCGAAUGUCUAAAGCAGCUCUAAACAUGGCCACCAAAAAUCUCAGCAUAGAAUUCGCUCGAGGUCGGAAGAAGAUCAUCUGUAUAUCACUUCACCCUGGCACUGUCGAUACAGACUUGUCCAGACCUUAUCACAAAAAUGUACCAAAAUUAUUUACCACGGAAUACUCCGUGGACUGUAUGUUAAAUGUCAUUGAUUCACUAACUUUAGGGGACUCAGGAAAAUUCUUCACUUAUGACAAGACUGUGUUGUCAUACUGAACUAUUUGUGUAAGCUCUGGGUUUUCAAACUACCUCAAUCCCCACAGAUAACAGAAUGGACCAGAACCUGUCGGCUGAAAAUAUGUAUGAAUCUCACAAGUAAAAAUGUAUAUUUAUGUGAACUAAAUAAUUAUAUAGUGCAAAGUGUGUGAUUAUGAAUUGUUUAUUUAAAGAGAGAGAGAGAGAAAGAGAUCCAACUAGUAUCUAUUACCUUAUUGAUGAAAUAAAAUAACUCUUCAGAUUA